GCUGCUGGGGUAUAAAUGCAACUAGGGACAGACAUCUCUCAGACAAAGCAGCAGCAGAUCAGAGAUCCUCUCAGCCUCCAACAGACCGACAGCAUGUUGUGUCCCAGCAUCUUCCAGGCGACUCCGGCUGCCAUGAGGCCCUUUCUGGAGCUGCACUGGCCCAUCCGCAGCCUGUGGCCCGAGACCCGGCCGCUCUUCUACCAAAUGGAGCAGGAGAUGAUCCGCCACAUGCAGGAGAUGAGGCAGAGCAUGGAGUACAUGGAACGGCUGCACCAGAAGAUCUUCGAGGAGAUCGACCAGACUUCCUGCUCUGCGGGGGCUUUGAGACCCAUCGCCUUCCAGGAGCUGGGGAAGGAUGGUGACACCUUCGCACUGAGUCUGGACACGGCCGAGUUUGCCCCACAGGAGCUGUCCGUCAAACAGGUCGGCAGGAAGCUGCGGGUGAGUGGCAGAACGGAGAAGAAGCAGGACGACGGGAAGGGCUCGUAUUCCUACAGGUGUCAGGAGUUCAGGCAAGAGUUUGACCUGCCGGAGGGCGUCGACCCGGAGACCGUCAGCUGCUCGCUGGUGGGGGGGCGGCUGCAGAUCCAGGCGCCCAGGGAGAAACCGCCAAGCGACGGGAAGGAACGGAUCGUCCCCAUCAACGUCACCUCUGCCCCGGCCAUCACCUCAGAGAACAGCAGCCCCCCCGCAGAGAGCAGCCCAGCCGAGAAAAACUGAACAGAUGACGCAUCUCAACAGAUAACCUAUCUACCGGAGGAACCAGGAAGUUUCUCUCAUUACACUUUGAUUGUUAACAGCUUUAAAGUUGUUGCUUUUGUAAAAAAUAAACAGCCAUUAUAAAAAUGUCAAAUAUUAUAUUAACUAAACACUAAGUAAAAUUAAAAAUGCAUUCUAAAUUUAAUUGUAAAUCUAUUCAUCUUCAUACUUUUAGAUAUUUUUGUCUAUAAUCUGAAAACCAACAGUCAGUGAAGCAUCUAUUGAUAGCAGGUCUAUGAGCUGUUUAAGCCUUCGUUCUUCCGACCUCUGGUCAAUUUGAUAAUAUUAUCGUUUUUAUUUUUAAUUUAGUGAACUAAAGAAGUUCUUCAUGCAGGAUCUUUGUUUUUGUUUAUAAAUAACUUCACUGUCAUGUUUUAAUAUUUCACAUCAAAAAUUUGUUGAGCUUCUGACACAAACUAGGGCCAGAGCAGCAACCGUUGCUGUUCAUCAACCUGGGAAGGGUCAAUGGUCAUUUCCAGGAAGCUCAGAGAUAUGAGCUCAUCUCCACAGGCCUGUUAGUAGGAUAAAGGUUAAAGGUCAAGACAAUCAACUUGUAUGGCUGCUUGAAAGAGUUGAAGAAGAAAGCCUCUUCUCUCUAGAAACAAGAUGGCAGCAGGACUGAGCAUAUCAAAACUGCAAAGACUUCUGGGACGAUGUCCACUCUGACCGAUGAGAACAGAGUGGAGACAUUGGACCGUGAUGAACAGAACCCAGAUGGAAAAACCCAAACCCAGCAUAUCAGCAAAAUGGGAGAGGGAAAUAAAACACAGGACACCAUUUUUUCCACUUUCCUUGUAAAAUAAUUCUCAGUAAACUUAAUUUAUUCACAAACUGCUUUUCAAAUUGUCAUGUUGACAUUUGUCUUUUCUGGUAAAUCACGUACAAUAAAAAACAUUUCUAAAAGACAGGAGAUGUCUGAGACUCUUCACUAACUAUACAUGACUACUCCUCAUCCUUAUGGAAACACGGUUUUCCAACUCGAUGUCUUCAUGUCGACACCUUUACUGCGUUCAGACAUCAGAUUAGAAAUAUUAAGAAAAAACAGCAGAAAAUGAUCAACAGAAGGACUAAAAAAUUAACGGCUACAGUACACAUUUUCCUUUUGUUCUGUUGGUUUUAAAUGUUGUGGUUACAGGAUAACAGAAUACGCUCAGUUAAGGCUUAUGCUGGAUGCUAUGCAUGAUAUUUAAAAGAAACAGACCGGGUGGAUGAAGACAGGAGGGUGAAUGCAGCUAAUAUGAGAAAUGAAGACAUUAGAUCUUCUAAUGAUGAAUUCCUGUCAUAAAGUGUCUUCCUCCCUGUCUAAUCAGGAUUUUCUAAGUUAUCGGGUUUUGUUGGGAUGUUGCGUUGUGUCGCGCACUCCAGGAAGUACAGAAAUAACUGCAUUCCUAAACAGGGUUUUCCUUCCCACCGUCACCACAUGCUUGUUCAGCAGGAGGAAUUACUCAAUACAAUCUGCAGAGUUUCCUUUGAUAGAAAACUUUUUACCAACUAAACGUUACUGCAUUGUUUUAUAAAUAGGAAAAAACAGGACUUUAUAUAACUGACUGAGUGCAGUGAUGGCUGACCAUUCAGCCCCUGCUAACAGUUGGAACAAAAAUAUUCUCCUUCAGAAAUUAAAUCGCUGAGGAGUGGAUCUCUUGGUG